AAAACGUAGAAACGCGCUAUCAACUUGGACCACGACCCGACCUCUCCCCCUUCAAACUCCGAAGUCGUCGUCUUCUUCUUCUUCGCCCCCAACCUAUAUAUUUGCUCAACACUAUCAGUCUGUAUCAUCAAUCAUAUCAUUAUUUAUUAUUUUAGAGAGAGAAACAGAAAGGGAAAACUCUCUCUCUCUCUCUUGAUUGAUCUCUCUCUAGGGUUUGCAUCCGCAAACACCACCAACGGUAUUGACAAGAACUUCUCUGGCUUCAGUCGUUUCGAUUAUUACUGCAAUUUCAAUAGAAAGAAUCGAGAGGAGAUGGAAAAUGGUGGUGGCAUUGAUGGAGGAGGGAAUUUGGCACACAAGCUUGCAGCCUUAGCUGUCAGUGGUAGGAAUGACUCUUCCAACUCUAACAGCAGCAACAACAACAACGAUGGCUUGUUGCAGGUCAUUAAAGCUGUUGAAGCUGCAGAGGCCACCAUCAAACAACAGGGGGAGGAAAAUGAAAGAUUGAGAAUCGAACUUCAGAAAAAAAUUCAGGAACUUGAAAAUAAUAAAUCAGAUGACUCAAAAGCUCGAAUACUUCAUUCAGUUGAUCAAUGGGAUGAUCACGUUCAUGGACCUCACAGACCUCGUCAAUCAAUUCAACAAGAUUUAAUGCCAAAUACUGAGGAUUCUGCCACACAAACUCGGGCAGAAGGCCGCUUUGAGAGCAACAAGAUUAAUGGAAUGUUGAAAGAACUUCCUGGUGGUCAGGAUAAUGUUGGUUUCUCUCAAUUAUCUUCACCUUCUACAACAUCCUUUUCUCCUAGCGGGUUUCAAGGAGAAUAUAAUCCACGAUUUAAUGUCUCUGGACAUGGGUUGAUGCCAAUGGCUGAUAUAAAUAAUCCAAGCACCUUUGGGAAGCAGGAUCUUGUUUUUAAGAUUCGGGAACAUGAAGAAGAGAUUUUGCAGUUGCAGAAACACCUUAGUGAAUAUUCGAUUAAGGAAGCACAGACACGCAAUGAGAAAUAUGUUCUGGAAGAACGCAUUGCUUAUAUGCGUAUGGCCUUUGAUCAGCAGCAGCAAGACCUUGUUGAUGCUGCAUCUAAAGCCCUCUCUUACCGACAAGACAUUAUUGAGGAGAACAUACGUCUUUCAUAUGCAUUGCAGGAUGCACAACAAGAAAGAUCAACAUUUGUGUCAUCUUUACUUCCUCUUCUUGCAGAGUAUUCCUUGCAGCCUCCAGUAGCUGAUGCUCAAUCUAUUGUUAGCAAUUUCAAGGUUCUGUUUAAACAUUUGCAAGAGAAGCUCAAUAUUACAGAGGCAAAGCUAAAUGAAUCUCAUUAUCAUCUGGCACCGUGGCGUUCUGAUGCGAACCAAUCAAAUUUUGCUCCUCAAUCACCAGCUCAUUCCAUUGGCAUUGCACUUACUGCUUCAAACAAAAAUGGGCUUGAACUGGUUCCUCGGCCAGCAUAUUCUCAUGGGAACAUGCCAAUUUCUUCGUCUGAUCCUCAAACAACCGCAGAUUGGGAUCUAUUGAGACAACACCAGAAUGGUUUAGGUGGUGGUGUUGCAAAAGAACUGGAGCAUGACUUGGGUAGAUAUUCACAUAUUUCUAGCAGGGACACCACAUCCCAGGAUGUACCUUCACUUCCUGUUGUAAGCCGGGAUGAAUUGCAUUCUACACAUUACGGCAAAGAGACCACCAAUAAACAAGUCACUUUUAGUGACCCUGUCAGCAGAAGUGAGGUCGAUGAUUUCUAUGUAGAGGGACAACAAAGUGAGAUAGAGCCUUCUAAUUGGGGUUCAAGAAAUUCUCCCUAUACAACUGCAAUGAAUGAUCCCAGCUCAUCAUAUCCUCAUUAUUUACCACCGGUUCUUGAAGAACCUUCCUCCUCUAUCUCUGAGGCUGGAGAUGAUGAUCCACUACCAGCAAUAGAUGGCCUCCAAAUUUCCGGUGACGCUUUUCCAGGACGGAAACUACAAGCAAGCGGAUACUCUAUUAAUGGAACAACAAGCUGCAACUUUGAGUGGGUUCGCCACUUGGAAGAUGGGUCUGUCAACUACAUAGAUGGGGCAAAGCAACCAAACUAUCUUGUUACUGCUGAUGAUGUUAAUACACUCCUUGCUAUUGAAGUCCAGCCUCUGGAUAACAGGAAGCGCAAGGGUGAACUAGUUAAGGUCUUCACCAAUGAGCAUAGAAAGAUCACUUGUGAUCCUGAAAUGCAAAGCCACAUUGAAAAGACACUUUAUGAUGGUCAGGCUUCAUAUUUGGUGUCAUUGCCGACUGGCUAUCUUGAUAUAUGGGAGCCAGCUACCUUGGCCAUCAAGAGGGGUGGUUACAGUAUCAAGUGCAGUGGAUCUAGUGGUGUUGUAGUCAGUGAGAAGUUUUCACCGACCACUAGUGUUAAUAUUCCAUUUGGACAGGAUACAGAAUUUUCUAUAAUUGGUUCUGGGGGAAACGAACAUAUAUUACGCGCAGAUAAUAGUUCAAUAGAUACUAGCUGUUCAAGAGAUACAAUUGUUCUCAUCAUGAGAUUGUUUAUCAGAAGGGCUAGUGAGAAAAGGAAAGGGAAGAAGAGAGGCUUAUUCUUUAACAAGUGAGACGCUACGGCAUUUUUCAGUUGGUCACGAAAUGUAUGUUGUAAAGGGUGUUGUAGUUCUGUAGCUUGUGAACAAUAUAAACUUCACCGUAGGUAGAAAAUCAGCUUGGGUGUGAAAUGAGAUCCGUUCUUAUUUUUCUUCCAUCACAUUCAAUACAUUAAUUAUCCAUGUCUCUCUCUCUCCAUUUUUGUGUGUGUGUGUGUGUUGUGUGAUGCCACUCGUAUGCAUGCAUUCGCAAAGUGUUGCAUUAUUUCUCCACGACAAUGGUUUGUGGCUGUUGAUUAGGAAGAGUAAGCCGGCGACAUUUUACAACUGCUUCUCUUUACAGUUUAUGGUUCAAAAAUAAGCAGAAAGAAUCAAUGACAAUUAUGUGUUGAGCAAUAAUUAUUUUUCCUAAAUGGGUUGGGUGACGUGUCACAUGGAAAAUGCUUAGUUUAAGCAAACGCGCACACCCUCUAUAUUUUGCCCCUACUUUGGGAUGGAGGGCUUAUAAGUUAUACCAUCGUAUGGUUAUGUAUUAUGUAUGUAUUUCGUUUCGGAGUUGAAGAUUAAUGAUUCAAAUUUCUGCAAGUGCAAAGUGGUGCGAAUUUCUUGCCAAGAUAUUAAAAUAAAAUAGAAAAAAAAAAAAAAAAAAAAACAUAUAUUACACUUGAUUACUCUUCUUAAGCCUAGUUUUAGUCAAAUUAGAAAAUUAACCUUUGAAUUUUUAUUUAUUUUUUCCCCAAAAAUAUUGAUGCUAUCUGAUGAACAAUGAUGUCUUAUCUAAUUUGGAUUUGGGUGCUCCUUCCGACUGUUGAUGUCCAAUUACAUUGUGAUUUAUUAUGUAGGUGUUUUCCUUAUUAAUUUUGUAAUUAAAAAUAAUGUGAACGUUUGUGAUUGGAUCGCAAUUAGAAGAGAGUAUCUACUUAACGUGUUAUUAAUUAUAAAAAUUUGAACAUAGUUAAUACAAAUAUUUUUGGCACUUUAUUAAAUUUAAUAAGGAUUAGGUAGGUGGUAUAACCUCUCUCUAUUGCAAAGGACAGUUAAAUGGUUUUUAAUUAAUUUUAUUUCUAGUUAAAUAACAAUUUCACAAAUGCCAUAGAUAACAAUUUUAAUCAAAAUUUAAUCAGGAGAUGUAACUUGCAAAUCUCAGAGUAGGUUAAGUAAUUAUGUGUAAUAAAAGCGUAGGUGAGUUUUGUCAUUUAUGCAAUGGUUAAUGAUAUGGUUGGCACUAAAUAUUGUGUAAGACGUGUUAAUGAUAGUGUUGUAAGUAUGAACAGAUUUGCUUUUAGUUUUGUCAAGUCAGCUUGUCAGUGCUUGAAUCUCUUCAAAAUUAUCACUAAUGACUCAACUAAUAAAAGAGAGAAAUUUAACAUCAAAUUUGAUGAUAUGGUUAUUUACUUUUAUAUCGACAAGAAACUCAUGCAUCUCCCAAGACGUUUGAGAGAGUUUGGUGAUCACAUAGUCAUUUCGAGAACCAAUACAAAUUUUAAAGUAGCCAAACCCAUAAAUAAAAUUGUACUUACCAAAAAAUAAAAAUAAAAAUGAAAUUGCUCUAAAUGAGAUGGUGCUUAUGAAUACUAUGUUUGGUUUGAAGGAUUAAUUGAGGAGGGAUAGAAGAGAGGAGGAUGGACGAGUCUUCUCCUGUUUGGUUAAAAGGAAUGGAAGAGAUGGAGGAAGCAAGGAGGAAUGACCAACUUUGAAGUUUUUUAUCGGUCAAAAAUUGGGCAGAAGAGAAGAGGAAAAGAAAGAACAAUUAUUUCAAUAUAUAUAAUACCAAUUUUAACUUCAAAUAAAGGCUUUUUUUUUAUAAUUUUAUAUAAUGAGGGUCUAUUGGUUUAAAAUAUUAAAAUUAUUCCUCCCAACUAAAAAAAAAAA